AGUUAGAAGAAGAAAAGAAAAAUGUUCGAGUAUAUCCCGAUGUCUAAGAGGUAUCACUUUUUAUAAAGGGCAUCUAGAGUCUGUUCUAUCCCUCUGUUUGGCCUGCAUCCUUCGAAACAACGUAAGCCAAAAAGUGUCACUAAGCUAAGAAAAGCAGUGAGAUCAGACACAGACACAAACACAGACAACAUCGGAGAAUAGAAUACCACAAAAGAACAAAAGCAUAUUAUCGUAAGAUUAUUUUUGAAACAAUACCUUACUUGAUCUUCUCUGCCUGGUGUGGUGGUGGUGCAACCAUUUUCGAAAAUCAAGUCUCAGGUCUCACUUAGACGUUCCCCAGCCUUUCCCUGCCGUGAGGCCCUUGCACAAAGAAUAUCUCACAAGCCAACCACACCGUUCAAUUUCAGCUUAACCAAACCUACAUCAUCAGCGCCAGACAGGCGAGAAGGCAAAAAAACAAAAAAAAAAAACAUCUGUGUCUCCAAAAAACACAAACUUGCCGUCUCAUACCUGGGUUAGGAAUUACUAGGGUCUACCCGCUUCUAGAAGUUCAAUCCAUACCAACGCCUUGCCUUUCCACGCGAUCCUCCUUGCACAUCCUUCAAGCGCCCUGAGCAUUCAUUCCCACUUAUUACAAAACCUCGUGGCUCCCUUGCUUCGUUAUAAAUCUUUGAAAGAUGGCUGGCAAAACGGCGGCGCAAGAAGAAUUUGACAAUAUCAUUGCAAAAGCUUCUGCAAACGAACAUCACGAACAUCCAGACGACGAAAAGGAUUACAGCUUUGAUAGGAAUAGUGACGUGGACGAAGAAGAGGAACAUCACAAUCGCAAUAUAGAAGAUACAAUGAAGAUGCCUUUGUUUGACAGAUCGAAUUCGGGAGGACUCAGUGAACCAUUGAGGUUGCCGCAUAGAGAUUUUGAUAGUGGGAGGACGACGGGAGUUAAGGGGGUGAUCGCUGAUGCGAGAAGUUAUGAAGAAGCGAGGAAGACGGGGGGUUGGAGAAAUAAGUUGAGGGGAAAUACAAUCACAAAAGAGGAUAAGAAGGCAACGUUCACUAAGGAUGGUUCGGGGAGUGAGGCGGGGUUGAGUGAUGAUGAAGAGUUCUUGGAGAGGUGGAGACAACAACGACGAGUAGAAAUGCAGAGUGAAGGGAAAGAUAUUAGAAAUAGGAGGACGAGUCCUAGUGUGCGUCGUUAUGGAAGAUUUGAUGAGGUAGAUGCGCUUGGGUACCUUGAUGCCAUUGAAAAGGUCGGAAGAGAAACCGUCGUUGUCGUUUUCGUUUAUGAUCCUGAGUGCGACGUCUCUCAAGUAAUCAACUCAGCACUUCUCCCCCUCGUCGCCGCAAAUCCAACAGUACACUUCGUACGCGUUCAUUACGAAGAUAUAGAAUUCGAUAAUGCAGGUGUACCGGCUAUAUUGGCUUACAAGAAUCAAGGAGAUCUUUUUGCGAAUUUGACAUAUAUCAUUGAUCAGAUUCCGGACGAUACAAUUUUUGACACGAAAGCUUUGAAAGAUGUUUUGGUUAGACAUCAGGUUCUUUAAAUGAUGGAUGUCUGUCCAUUCUGAGGAAAGAUGAUUUGAGGAUACUUCAUUUCUUGUACCUAUUUAUGGUACCGAGAAGGGUUAUCUUUUGUUGUGUUAGCAUCACUAGCAUACAUGACAUCGAUUGUCACAUUGCAUCAUUGCAUCGCAAAAGACAUUCUUACAUUCUAUACAUUAUAUAUAGACGACGUCGCGGCAUUGAUUCAAGAGGGUCAAAUGAUCUCGUUCGGAGAGUAGAGAAGAGGUGAAUACCCACACUGUAUGAAUAGGACGAGAACUUGGGUUAGGGAAUCGGAUGAAUGGCGUUUGGAUGAGAGGAAGGAGUCACCUUAUUUCUUCCUUUGUGUGUUUGCUUUUUUCUUUUGGUCUAUUGGUUGGGCAUGGGGUUUAGAGGUUGGGUUGAUUGAUUUGGCGUGGCCAAAAUUCACGGAGCUUGAGCACGAGCUUGGCAGGGCAGGGCAGCUUCAACCCUUUUUUGAAAUCUUUAAACAUACCUAGAAUUGGUAUGAUUGAUACCUUAUGUUAUGUUAUAUUUAUUUGUAGCUGUAUUUACAUUUUUGGUGGAAUGUGUAUUUUUAUGAAUUCUAUUUACCUUUAUCUGGAGUUGUCUUUAACUUUGUCUCUGUCUUUCAUUCUGUGUCUGUCGCUUUCUGGAUCGCAGUCUCUGGCUCUGUUGGAUGUGAAUUUCAGCUUAUACUAUCUGCAUACAUGUUAUGUAUAUUACUCGGACUCUUCCUCUUUACCUUACUCACGAUAUGUUGAUUUAAAUUUUUUAUAUACAGUACCCCAAUGCAGUAGUCCAAUCUUUUCUCUGGCACCUAAAAUGCGAGAUGGUGGGGAAAAGCGAGAUGGAAGUUAUAUAUGUUUGAGCAAAUAAGCGGGAUCUCGAAGAGGAGAG